AAUGAAACUUUAAUAUAAGGAGACAAAGUCUAUUAUUUACCUUGGUGAUCAAGUUUUAUAUACAACUUUGAAAUCAAGUACUCUCUUUCUCUCUCUUAUUAACAUAAUCCUACUUGAGUUCCCACUUGCAUUUACCUUAAUAUAAUACUAUGUCAACCAUGUGUAUAAUUAGAUCUAACAUCUACUUCAAAUCUAAAGAACUUGUUUACCAACUAAUUAAAAUCAAAUUAUGUCUCUCUUACCCCAAAAUUUUCCUUACAUUCCCAUAUGGAUUUCAAUCAUUCUGAUCAUCAUCACUAUAUCAUUUUUCAGGAACAAAUUCAAAGCCACCCAAAGAAACAAUAUACCUCCAGGACCAUGGAAACUUCCCAUAAUAGGAAACUUACACCAAUUGAUAGGUCCAUUACCCCAUCAAUUAUUAUCAAAAUUGGCAAACAAAUAUGGUCCCAUUAUGCAUCUUCAACUAGGAGAAGUAUCAGCCAUAAUAAUCUCUUCCCCCGAAUCAGCCAAACAAGUCCUUAAAACCAACGACCUCAGCUUCGCAAACCGGCCAAACGGGGUUGCAGCCGAAAUCAUGUCAUAUGGUAAUUUAGGCAUAGGCUUCACACCUUAUAGUGACUAUUGGAGACAGAUGAGGAAAAUUUGUGUGUUGGAAUUAUUAAGUGGUAAAAGAGUGAUGUCGUUUAGAUCAAUAAGAGAAGAAGAGGUACGAAAUUUUGUUGACUUUUUGACAUCUGGGGUUGGUGUUGGAGUAAAUCUAAGUGAGAAGUUGUUCACUUUGUCAAACGACAUCGUAGCUAGAGCAGCUUUUGGUAAGAAGUGUAAAGAUCAAGACGAGUUGAUGUCGUUUGUGAAUGAAGUGAGAAAAGUUUCUGGUGGAUUUGAUAUUCCUGAUGUGUUUCCUUCACUUAAGUUUUUUCUUGGGUUUGUGACUGGGAUGGUACCUGCUUUGAAAAAGAUUCAUGGGAAACUUGAUAAGAAUCUUGACAACAUUGUAAAUGAUCACAAAGCUAAAGCUAAUUUUAGCAAUAGUGAUGAUCAUGAGGAUGAAGAAGACAUAAUUGAUUUACUUCUCAAGCUUGGAAAAUCUGGUGAGAUUGACUUUGAUAUUACAACUACUCACAUCAAAGCUGUUGCCAUGGAUAUAUUUUCAGCAGGGAGUGAAACUUCAGCCACAACAAUAGAAUGGGCAAUAACAGAGUUGUUAAGAAACCCAAGAGUGAUGAAAAAGGCACAAGAAGAGGUUAGAAAAGUUUUUCAAGGUAAAAGCAAAGUAGAAGAGAAAGAUAUAGAGAAACUAACUUAUUUAAAAUUAAUCAUUAAAGAAACUCUAAGGAUUCACCCUCCAGUACCUUUAAUCCCAAGAGAGUCAAGAGAAGAGUGUGAAAUCAAUGGUUACAAAAUACCCAAUAAAACCAAAAUACUCAUAAAUACAUGGGCAAUUGGUAGAGACACUAGUCAUUGGGGUGAAGAUGUUGAGUCAUUUAGGCCAGAGAGAUUUGAAAGUAGUACAAAAGCCAAUAUUGAUUUCAAAGGGAAUAGCUUUGAAUUGGUCCCAUUUGGAGGAGGUAGAAGAAUUUGUCCUGGGAUUUCUUUUGGUGUGGCUGUGGUUGAGCUUGUUCUUUCUCAAUUAAUUUAUCAUUUUGAUUGGGAGUAUCAUGGAGAAGAUGUUAUUGAUGAUGCUGUUGAGUCUUUUGGUAUUACUUGUAGAAGAAAGAAUGACUUGGUUUUGAUUCCCACUAUUCCAUUAUUUCUCUAAAGAAAAUGGUACUUAUCACCAACUAGCUAUGUUUAUUUUGAGGCUAAACAAAAAGGGGCUCUUUCGAUUUUAGAUAAUUUUGGGAAUCACAAGACUCAUAUCACAUCAUUUUUUAGUUGGAUAGUAAUGUCUAUUUUUAGUUUUUAUGUGAUGUAAUGUAAUAUUUUUUCUUUUUGGAGGGUAAGAUUUUAAUGAUAUAAAAUGUACAUCAUUUUCAUCCAAGUGCUACGUAGUGUAUUGAAUGACAUCUAACCAUUCUUCACCUAAUUUUGUUAUUAUAUAUUUAUUCAUUCAAAAAUUAGGCAGAAAAUAUAAAACAGGAACUGUGCAAAUAUAGUGCACGAGUUUUAAACAACUUAUAGCAUCUAAAUUAUGUAACUUUACCCACACGUAAAAAUAAAUAAAUAUCUUGCAAUUCUGUACUGAGUGUUAAUUAUAUUAAGGUGUAGCAUUGGGUAGUAAUUAACUCACUUUUAAGUGAAUGAUAUAAAAUUAGAGGGUAAAAAAAAUCCUAAGAAAUUGUUGGUAUUAAAUGGUAGAUAUAACUUCUUUAUAACACACCAUGAUGCACACUGACAUUGGUUUCUCUAUCUCAUCAUAUUCAUGCAUAAAUGCUUUCAAGUGCCCAUAAUUAUAUUGAGAUAAAGGCACUCAGAAAAUGUAUUUAAGACUCCUCUCUACAUUUCAAAUAAAUAAAAUAUAUCCUUAAAAAUUAAACAUAGCCUGUGAAGAAUAUUUCAGAAAGGGAAAGAGUACUGAUUGUUUAUCAUUAGAUUGAAAGAGAGAGAUUACAAGACUAAACCAAGAUAAGCUGUAACAGAAAACAGAAAACUAACUCUCUAACCUCUCUAAAAUUAUGUUUUAGUCAAAAUAGACAGAAAGAUUUUGCAAAUAGAAAAAAAAACGAAAAUACAUGUCAAAUUUAAAAUAAUACCAUAAAAACAAUAAAAUAAGUUUAAAUUAAUUUCAUUUUGUCAUUAUAUCAUAAACAAUUCAAUCAAUUUCUUUCCCUGUUAUAUAUUUAGUUCGUCGAAGGAAAAUAUUAUAAUGUGAUCAAUACUAAUAAUAUUAAUUGACAUUAGAACAUUUUCUUUAAAAAUAAAAAAUAAUAACAAAAAAAUGUUACUAAUUACCUUUCUCUAAAACACACAGCACACAAGUCUUUGUAUAAUUUACCUAACCAUUUUAAUAAUCUGAUAGUACACCUUCUUUUAUUAUUAUAAUCUUAUUAUCACUAUGCUGAUCAUAGAAACUUUUUGAAAAAAUACAUUGAUUUUUCUUUUUCCUAAUUGAAAAAUUAUACCAUAUAUUAAUUUUCACAUUAACAGAAGGUAGUAGCAUUGCUGACGUCAGCAGCAGCGGGAGGAAUGGCGAAAUGCCAGAGCCUCCCCACGGCUCUAACCCUGUACUUCCCACACAGGAACUCCUCCGCAAACAUCUUCUCCACUCUCCUAUUCACGUCGUGAACAAACACGUGCGUCAGCCCAGCCCCAACUCUCGCACGUGCCAUAACCGCCGCUGAGUAAAUCGCCGCCAUUCUCCCCGGCGCCUUCGCAAAAUAACCUCUCGGCGCGUCGAUCAUUAUCAAAUCCCACUCCCUAUCGUACACCUCGCUAGGCAGCUCAGUCAGCGCCAAUCUGCACCGGCUACCGGGACUGAGCCGAGCCGAAGACGGCAAACAAUCCGGCUCGGCUUUGUAGCUCGAAAUUAGCUCGUCGGCUUCGGAUAAUCGAGUCCUGUAUUUAACCGGGUGUGCUCUCAGAAUCGGAGCAUCUCGGAGCACCGUAUUGACCCAAACCGGAUCUUCCUCGAGGAAUAAGGUAGCGCCACGUGGAUUUAGGGAGGUCCACAUUAGAGAGUCGCGUCCGACGCCGAAGACGAGGAAGUUGCAUGGUCCGACGGCGCGUAGAACGUCGAACGACACGCGGAUCUCGUCGAUCGAUUGCUGUGGAACGGUUGAUGACGUGGCGUAGUGGAUUAUGGCGAGGAGCUGAGUCGGCUUCGCCUUGUACUCGGCCGCCUUGGCCAUCGCAACGGGGUCCGGCGGAGGACAGGGCUUGCGGUUGAGGAGUGAGGAGACUUUGUUGUAGUUGAUGUUGGUCAUUGUUUUGGUGGCGGCGAGUGUGAUAAACGCGGCGGUGGUGAUUAUGAGGGCGAGUAGGCAUGGCCGUAAGCGGUGGUGAAGCCUGAGAGUGUGAGUGUUGGCAUUACUGUUGUUAGUAGUACUAAGCUUCAUCAUGUCUGUGUAUAGUACUCUUCUUUCUUUCAU